ACCCUGCAACAAAAGAGUCUCCGAACCGAGUCCAUUUCCUAGGGUUCCGGCCUUUGACCUUUCGUCUCCUUCCAUGAACUGUUGCCUCUCUCUCCUCCGUCUCCACCGCCGUUUCCUUUCCUCUGCCGCCGACUCAUUUUCCAGGUUUCCUCGCCAUCCGGACUCCUUUAGACGGAUUCCUGCCUAUCCCGCUUCCCCGCCCCCGCCCCCGCCCCCGCCCCCGCCCCCGCCAGUGAAUCCCUCCCUUCUACCUAGCCAUCGCAGCCGCAAUCAGUGGGAAUCUCUCUCCACGGUCUCCGACGACCCUUCCUCCCUCCUACGUGAUGAUCCCAUCUCCAUCUGCUCCGCCCUCUGGGUCGACAGCUUCCGCGACCCCUCCGCCACUGCUACCAGCCUCACCCCUAUCCUACGCCGCUUUGAGCUCUGGGUUCUCGCCUACCAAAAGGCCUAUGCUGACGAUACCGGUUCGUACCUUCCCAAAUCUUCGGUCUCUAGCUCCGCCCUCCAUUCUCUUCUCGCCCUCCGCAAUGCCGUCCUCGACGGCCGCUUCCGCUGGGGUGCCCGCCUUGAUCUCCUUCUCCGUUCGCCCCGGGACACCACUGAUCCAACCACCUUAUCCAAGCGCAAGCUCCGUAUACUCCUCACCUCUACGCAGCCUACGCCUUUCCAGGACCGUGUUGUCCAGGAAGUCCUUCUCAUGAUCCUUGAGCCUAUCUAUGAAGCUCGAUUCUCCCAGAAAUCUUUUGCCUUUCGCCCUGGACGGGAUGCUCACACUGCUAUCCGGACGAUCAGAAGAAGCUUUGCCGGUUAUCUAUGGUACAUCAAAGGUGACGUCAGCACCAUUCUUGAUGGAGUGAAGCCUGGAUUGAUCAUCAAUGCGUUGAUCCGGGAUGUUAGGGAUAAAAAAGUCGUGGAUUUGAUUAAAUCAGCCCUAACAGCCCCAGUGAUAAUUGGUCGCCCCACCGAUGAGGAGAUUGCUAAGAAGAAGAAAAAAAGUAGGAAGCAUCAGAAAAAGAGGGUAUUGGCCGAGGACGAGCCCAAGCCUGAUCCGUACUGGCUAGAAAGUUUCUUUGGUUUUGCUCCGGCGGAGGCUGAAAAGAAUCCAAAUUGGGGGCAUUGUGGAGUCUUAAGCUCAUUACUUGCCAAUGUGUAUCUAGAUGAGCUUGACAGAUGGAUGGAGGAGAAGAUUAAGGAGUUCUACCAACCCUCAAAGUCUGAUGUUAUAUGGACUGGGGAUGAUGCUGAGCACGGGAACACAUCAUGGCCAGAGUUUGUUCCCACUAGCGGGCCUGACAAGACCAGAAAAAUGGACUAUAUUCGCUAUGCUGGUCAUUUUUUGGUUGGAGUUAGGGGUCCUCGAGCAGAUGCUGCAGUGCUAAGGAAACAGCUAAUUGAGUUUUGUGAUCAGAGAUAUCAGCUCAAGCUUGAUAAUGAGAAUCUCCCGAUUGAGCACAUCACCAAGGGUAUUAUGUUUAUGGAUCAUGUACUCUGCAGGCGAGUAGUAUAUCCUACACUUAGGUACACAGCAACUGGGGGGAAGAUCAUCAGUGAAAAAGGUGUAGGAACACUUCUGUCAGUCACAGCAAGUUUGAGACAAUGCGUCAGACAGUUCAGGAAGCUGAACUUCUUAAAAGGAGACAGGGAUCCUGAUCCGCAACCUUGUUUCAAAAUGUUUCAUGCAACACAAGCACACACAAAUGCACAGAUGAAUAAAUUCUUGCAAACUAUGGCGGAGUGGUAUCGUUAUGCAGAUAACCGCAAGAAGGUUGUGAACUUUUGUUCCUAUAUCAUAAGGGGUUCAUUAGCCAAGCUCUAUGCUGCUAAGUACAAACUGCGGUCUAGAGCGAAGGUCUACAAGAUUGCAUCAAGGAAUCUAGCCCGCCCUUUGAAGGAUAAGAAGGGUCAGUCCCCUGAGUAUCUGAACCUGUUGAGAAUGGGUCUCCUGGAUUCAAUUGAUGGUCUUCAGUACACUCGGAUGUCUUUGGUUCCCGACACAGAUUAUACCCCAUUUCCUGCUGGGUGGAGGCCAGAGCAUGAGAAGGUUUUACUGGAAUACAUUAGGCUUCUGGAUCCCAAGACUCUAGAGGAUCAACGAUCUUGCCUUAGGGAGGAGGGGCUUUCUACGCCUCAAGAUUUUGUUUCUCUGCUGGUCUGGAACUAUAAAAGGAAUGCUAUUAUGUUGCCUCCCUUGGGGGAGAGUGAUACCCAGAGAGCUAAAGAAGAAUUGCUGGGAUCUACUUGUACUGAAAUGAAGGAUCAGACGGUUUUUGAGGAAGAGAGACAAGAAUCUCUUCAGGCAGCACAAAUUUGAUAAGUAAGAAAUCAUAGAUGAAGGUAACUUGGUUAUUGGCGGAGAGAGCAAAAUGUGAAUCACGCAUCACAUAAAAACGGACAAAUAACAGGCCACCAUGAAAGCUGCUUCACAUUUUGAAGCGAUUAACACAUAUCAAGUGGAAGUAAUUUGGAACCAGUUCUCUGUAUAAUCAGAUUAUGCUGUAUAUUGGGGGUCCUUUACGAAUACAUUUUAGAAGGUUGACAAAAAAAAAAAAACGGAUACCUUAUGCCAGUUGCUUGGGAAAAACCAUGUGAACAUCCUAGUUUCCAACAUCCUAGUUUGAGUUUGACUUUAUACACCCAAAUGGGUCUUUCUAUUAAAUGCAUGCUCAGAAAAAAAAGUUUGGCCAAAAGGUGUGUGGUUCAAUUAGUGAUGUUCUGUGCUGUCAUUUCACAUUUGGACUCCAAAUUAUGUAAGUUCGAUUAAUUUAUUCAUCAUUGAUUGGCAAGAACA